AUGCCUUCGCUUUUCCCGAUCGCCAGCAUCUUUGCCCUGAUUACUUUUGUUUGCCAAGCAAGUCCGCGGUCAAGUUAUACCAACAUCGUGGAUGACUUCCUCAGCACACCUUCUCAACAGCGCCCGAGGUUUAGAUACUGGCUUCCAGAUGCCAGUGUCGAUGCCGAAACAGUGAGCGCGGACAUCAAAUCUGCUGGGGCCAUUGGUGCUGGUGGUAUAGAGUUCUUGCCAUUCUACAACUAUGGAGGCGAGCUUGGGGGGCCCCCAGAAGGAGUCAACUGGUCUACUUACGGUUUUGGUACUCCGGCUCAUCUUGGAUUAUUCCCGUCAGCCUUGGAGGGCCACAAAGAGGCCGGCCUGGUAAUGGACUUUUCACUGGGUCCAAAUCAGGGACAAGGCAUACCGGCUCACCCUGAUGACGAGGGUCUGCAAUGGGACUUGAUUUCGACCAGACAAACGAUUGCUGAAGGAGACAUUUUCAAUGAAAUUAUUCCAGGCUGGUUGAAUGGAGAACUCGUGGCCCUGGCCGCUGUCUCCGCAAUCGUUACAUCCCGAACGAACGUCUCGUUCAACGUGACUGGGGCACUGGGUGCAACGAUUGUGACGUACGAGGACAUCGUCUUACAGAAUGGAUCCUUAACAGACAUCACUUCAAAGAUCUCCGACGACGGCAGGGUAUCUUCGGAUGCCCCUAAAGCCUUGCCCGAUGGGCAUGAGCAAGAGCUGUUCUUCUUUUACCAGAAACUCUCCCACAAUCAGAACGUUCAUUUUGCGUCCAAUACGACUGCCACCAUCUGGGAUAAUGGGUCAUAUGUUGUUGACCACUUCAGCGCCCAGGGUGCCAAGGCAGUGCAAGCAUUCCGGGAAGAUCACCUACUGACGGACAAUGUCAAGGAUCUCUUGCGGGAAGUUGGAAACUAUGGCUGGGAAGACAGCAUGGAAAUACGCUCCAACGUUUCUUGGACUCGCUCGUUGCCCACAAGGUUCAAAAAAAUGUUUGGCUACGACCUCAGAACAUAUCUCCCUCUCACCAUGUUCGGGAACAACAACAUAAACAUUCAAAACGACUCUCGUGGUAGCACCCGGUGUACCUUGGACACGCCAGGUCACGGGCAGGCUUAUGUCAAUGACUAUCGCGCAGCUCUGGCAGCAGGGCAUCAGGAGUACCUGACCACUUUGUCAGAAUGGCUUCAGAGUCUAGGCGUGAGACUAUCUUCCCAACCUUCUUACAACUUGCCAAUGGACAUGGAAGCAUCAAUGCCCUACGUUGACGCACCUGAAAGCGAGAGCCUCCAAUGGCACGACAAUGUAGGUGGGUAUCGUCAAUUUUCGGGAGCAGCAAACUUGGCUAGGAAGGAUGUCCUCUCAAAUGAGCUCGGUGCCGUCUUCGGCCGUGCUUACAGCUUCACUAUCCCGGAAUUACUCUUCGCUAUGAACCGUGCCGUCUCGGGGGGCAUGAACCAGUUUGUCAUCCACGGACAAUCAUACACUGGCAAUUACCCACAGACGACCUGGCCGGGAUACACUGCAUUCAUCUACUAUGUGUCCGAUCUAUACUCUCCGAAGCGGCCCGGCUGGGACAAUGGCCUCCAAGCAGCGUUAGACUACAUAGCAAGGAUCCAACACAUUCAGCAGAAAGGAAUCCCGCGAACUGACAUCGCAUUCUACAACAAACAACCUGCCACUGAUCCGAAUAUGGGGACAAUGUAUAAACCCAAUGAUCUAAUUUCUGGAGGAUGGUCGUAUGCGUGUCUAUCACCCGACAACUUCAACUUGCCACAGGCAUAUGUCGACAAUGGCGUGCUCGCACCUGAAGAUGCAAUGUUCCAAGCUUUAGUCAUGCUUGGUUCUCAGAACCUCACACAGGCCUCUCUGGUCCAGCUGAGGAAUUUCGCAAACGACGGACUACCGAUCAUUGUGGUGGGCUCCGCUCCGGGACACCAUCCUACUCAGAACAUAACAGAUCCUGGUGACCAGGCUUUCAAUGAUUUACUGGCUGAGUUUCUGAGCCACGUGAAUGUACAUCAUGCUGCCGAGGGUGAGCCGUCCCAGAAACUUGACUCACUGGACCUCAAGCCACGAGUCGGAGUACAGACUAACGGCACGUGGUAUACGACAUGUCGGGAGGACACAUCGAAUGGCUUGAGCUACGCCUAUAUAUUCGGCGACACUGUUCAGGCAUCUGGACUUCUUGUGGCCCAGUCCACCGGCACACCUUACUUCCUUGAUGCGUGGACGGGAGCUCGUGAACCCGUUUUGAACUACCAAACCAACGGCUCUGUGACCAUGAUUCCACUCGAUCUCUUUGGAAACCAGACGAAGAUCAUUGUAUUUGCCCAACACCCCAUCGAGGGAAUACCAGUCCCAGAAUUCCAUGUUACAGAACUUUCCUCAAAUGUCAUUGGGCUCUCCGCAGAAGACAAAGGCGUUGCGCUUCACAUCGCCGCGUCCUCAGAUCCAACAUACAUCAUCACCUUGUCAACUGGUGAGGAAGUUCAGCACACCAGCCAGGCGCCGGCCUCAUUCGACCUGAAGCCAUGGACCCUGGAGCUGGAGCACUGGGAGGCCCCCGCCAACUUCAGCGGCGCGUCCAUCACCGCCGUCAAGACUAACACGACGCAUGAGCUCACCGACCUGGUCUCGUGGAACGACAUCCCUGAGGCAACAAACGCUUCCGGAGUGGGGUACUAUAACACAAACUUCACAUGGCCACCGGACUCAGCCACCGGCUUUACAAACGAUACGUCCCUGGGGGCGUACAUCGGAUUCCCGUCCGUCUUGGAUGCCAUCACCGUCUACAUCAACGGCGCUCGACUUCCUCCCCUGGACUAUGCCAGCCCCGUCCCCGAUGUCACGCCGUAUCUGUUCAGUGGAAGCAAUGAGAUUGUCGCGGUAGUGCCAAGCACCAUGUGGAACUAUCUCCGCUCGAUUUUGCCAGACAUCCGGAGCGCAGGCCGUGAAUUCUCGAGCUUGGCUGCCCUUCCGAAGACAGACAAUGGGUUGGCCGGCGUGGUUACUGUGGUGCCUUUCGAGCUUUUACGUCUCGAUCCCUAG